AUGUCGUACAGCAAUCUUUUUGUGGCUAAACUGCCACGCAACCUGAAUGAUGCCGAUCUAGAGCAGAUCUUCGCCGAGUAUUUCCCAAUCAGUGCCAAGGUGAUGUUGGAUGCCGCCACUGGAAAGAGUAAAGGCUUUGGCUUUGUACUCUUCAACACCGAAGAGGAAGGACGUAAGGCGUAUGAAGGAAUGAACCGCAAGAGCACGCGGGCCUGUAAUCACAACUUCACACUUGUGAUUUACCCCUCACAGCACUCUGGCAAAGCCGCUGCGAGUGCCUCCAACGCGCUCUACAUUCGCAACAUCCCCGUGAGUGUUCCGCAGCAUCAGGUGGAGCAGUUCCUCGCGUCCUUCGGCACGCUCUUGUACUGUGCGAUGCGUGAGGACCACUACGGCAGCCCCGUGUGGGUCGUCUACGCGGAGUACGACUGCCUCGACUGCUCCGCCAACGCCCUGCGGAAGCUGCACGGCAACAGUCAACACUUCGGCAACCCGCCGGUGAUGGUGAAGUACGCCGACAGCGAGGAGGCCAAACGCGAGCGGCGGCGGCGGCGCGAGGAGGGAAAGUCGGCGCCCGCCCCCGCCCCCCGCAGUGCGUGUGUGUUCCCGCCGCCCCGCCGCCCGCAGGACGCCUGCCACGCCGCCCUCGGCAGCAGCGGCAGCAGCAACAGCGCCGCCGGCUGCUCGCGCGAGUCCACGAACUGCUCGAUUGGGCCAACGCCGAAUAGUGAUGCCGCCUCCUCCGUCUCGUCGGCGUAUAAAGUGCUGGACGCCGUCUUCACCGCCUCACCACCGCCGCCGCCGCCACCGCAGAUGCUCUUCGCCGCCGCACCACCGCAACUGCCGCCAAUGUAUCCAAUGGAGUUUUCUUAUCACCCGCAGCCACUGGCACCGCCCGUGAUACAUCCAGGCCAUCUCAGUGGGUGCUCCACUGAAAGUAUGCCACCAGUCGUAAUUGUUCUGGAAAAUGGACAGCAGUUGUUACUUGCCCCAAAUGCCGUAAAUGUGCGCCCCUCAGACUUUGCGGCUUCCGCAGGAAACACCUUGUUCUGGCCUUCUAUGGAUGGGAUGUAUCCACCGAUGUCACCAUCACAGCUACCACCGUCUUAUGCCGCUGUACCUUUCCCGUAG